UGUCGGACAUUUGACUAGGUUGCCGCAUUGAUCAGCAAGUUAAUGAUGGCGCAAGCACGGGGAAGCCGCCAUUGACGUGAGGUCGACUUCUUGGAAUCUAAAGCGCAUAUUGGCGAGUAGAUUCCCGAAGCCGAACAGCUUCGCGAAGGAACGACAAUGGUUUUGACUCGUGGGUGCGCACGCAAACUGUUUGCACCCUCUUCUUCGCCAUUUCCUCCCUGUAUUCGCUGUUGAUGAAUACAUGCAACUUUCCCUUUUCUUUUCUUUUCUUCCUUCUAGAAAUUACUGUUCGCUCCCCCUUCUGUGAUAUGCUCGAUCUUCCAGGCCAAGAUCAAGAGUUUGGUCGAAAGAAAUUCAUCCCUCCUCUGUUUCUUUUAAUGGGUUCUUCUUCUUCUUCUUCGGGUUCUUGUUGAUCGUCUCUACUGAUUGCCCUUGCGACAUCGCUCGAGAUACGCGCGCGGAUGGAGUGGAGUUCGUGGGGAAGGCUUUUUUGGCGAGUUUAUGGGUUGAGAACUUCGAGCUAGCGUUGCGUGUCUUUGUUGUUGAUCGGUUGAAUUGUAUGUGUUUUGUGGGAAGUCAAGCACGUGGGGAUUCCAGUUUCUCUCGAUUGCUGGUCUUGGUCAAUCCAUCGGUCUUCUUCGGCUCCUAUCUUUCAUGGGUAUUGAUCAAUUAGAGUUUUUUAAUUGUUAGACGUCUGCCGUAAGCAACUUCUUUGAAGUCCUUGGACGAAGCUUCGAGCUUUAAUUGCUGUUUUUGCGAGCGUCUUCUAGUCAAGGCGCAGCCCCGUUUGGACAGACAGAUGUUUCUUGCGCGACGACACUGAGUACUUCCAUGUAUAAAGAAAUUGCAUCUUUCCCGAGUCUGUCAGUGAAUUUGACCCCAUUUCAAGCUUGUAAAGCCCUUUUAGUAUGCACUCAUGUUAACUCCCGUUGGGUUGUCAUGCUUUCUCCAUAGUCAUCUAUGUCGAUCACCUGCUGCCUUCCCAUUGUCGAAUCAGUGUACUGUCUGGCGUGUGCCCGUUGGGUGUGGAAGAAAUGCCUCUACUCAGCAGGCCACGAAAGCGAGAACUGGGGGCUUGCUACAGCGGAGGAAUUUGCUGCUGUGCCUCGCCUUUGUCGCUAUCUUUUAGCUGAAUACGAGGAUGAUCUUCGUAAUCCAAUAUGGGCACCCCCUGGAGGGUAUGGAAUGAAUCCUGAUUGGGUCGUACAUCGUAAGGACUACGACGAGACACUAGGCCGUGCUCCUCCUUACAUGCUGUAUAUGGAUCACAAAAAUAGGGAUAUUGUGUUGAUCAUUAGGGGACUCAAUUUAGCGAAGGAAAGUGAUUAUGCAGUUUUGCUGGAUAAUAAACUGGGGCAGACAAAAUUAGACGGUGGGUAUGUACAUAAUGGGUUGUUAAAGGCAGCUGGGUGUGUAUUCGAUGCUGAGUGCGAUGUUCUAAAGGAAUUACUCGAGAGUUUUCCAGAGUAUACCCUGACUUUUGCUGGACACUCCCUUGGGGCAGGGGUGGUGGCCCUGUUGACUAUUGUGGCGGUCCAGAAUCGAGAGAAGUUGGGAAAUUUUGACAGGAAGAGGAUUAGAUGUUAUGCUAUUGCUCCUGCUAGGUGCACAUCACUGAAUUUGGCUGUGAGAUAUGCAGAUGUAAUCAAUUCCGUUGUUUUGCAGGAUGAUUUUUUGCCUCGGACAACAACUGCCUUGGAGGAUGUUUUCAAAUCCGUUCUCUGUUUGCCAUGCUUAUUAUGCCUUAUGUGCUUGAAGGAUACGUGCAUCCUGGAAGAAAAGAUGCUUAGAGAUCCGAGGAGAUUGUAUGCUCCUGGACGACUAUAUCACAUCGUUGAGAGAAAGCCCAUGAGGUUAGGAAGGUUUCCUCCUGUUGUGAGGACAGCAGUUCCUGUGGAUGGGAGGUUUGAGCAUACGGUCCUUUCUUGCAAUGCAAUUUCUGACCAUGCUGUCAUUUGGAUCGAAAGAGAAUCUCAAAGGGCUUUUGAUUUAAUGCUGGAGAGAGAUAAGACCAUGGACAUCCCAGUGAGCCAGAGAAUGGAGCGGCAAGAGUCCGUCGUGCGAGAACACGAUGAGGAAUAUAAAGCCGCACUUCAGAGGGCCAUUGAUUUGGAUAUUCCUUUGGCUUACCCACCUACUUAUGGCACAUUUGAUGAAGUUGAAGCAGAGAGUUCCAGUAGAUCCAGUGAGGAACCUCCGUUGAUGUCAUCCAGGAACAGGAGAGAAAGGUGGGACGGUUUUGUAAAGCGCCUCUUUCAUGUAAAUGACUCUGGCCAAAUGGUGUUCAAGAUAUCAUAGUUUUGUACAUUCGAAUUGCGAGUGUCUCAGACGGCAAAACCCAUUCUUUCAUUCAAAUUGAUGUCCCUUUCCUAGGCAUUUAGAGAACUGUAUGAUAGAAGGUUAAUUUCGGUCUUUAA